CCAUCGUUCUCUUCCUUGCCGCCCGCCGCCGCCAUGGUGGCCUUGCCCAGGCACCGCCGCUUCUUGGGCGGCUUCGUCUGCGGAGCCGCGGCGGGUGCUGCCGCAUCGUGUUGGGCUGCUUGGCGGCUUCUCCGAGGCCAGAGUCAACCGGAGACAGUUCCCGGGCGAGAAGACCCUGUAGAAGAGUCUCUGCUGGAAAAAUACGGAUUCCCUGAAGCUGGAACAGAGACCAGAUGUUACACAAAUCAUGCAUUGAGUUAUGACCAGGCAAAACGGGUUCCAAGAUGGGUGAUUGAACAUAUUUCAAAACAGAAGACACUGGGUAAUGCAGACCGAAAGCACUGUAAAUUCAGACCAGAUCCUAACAUCCCUCUGAUGUUCAGUGCAGUCAAUGAAGACUACCUGGGGAGCGGGUGGUCACGAGGACACAUGGCACCAGCAGGAGAUAACAAAUUUUCAACAAGAGCUAUGGCUGAAACGUUUUAUCUGUCUAACAUUGUGCCUCAGAAUUAUGAAAAUAAUGCUGGAUUUUGGAACAGAAUGGAAAUGUAUUGCCGAGAAUUGACUGAGAGAUUUGAGGAUGUUUGGAUAGUUUCUGGACCUCUGACCUUGCCUCAAACAAAUGAGGAUGGAAAGAAGAGUGUUACUUACCAGGUAAUUGGAAAGGAUGACGUAGCUGUGCCAUCCCACCUGUACAAGGUGAUCCUUGCCAGACGGAACAGAACAUCUGCAGAGCCCUUGGUACUGGGGGCUUUUGUGGUGCCAAACAAUCCCAUAGGCUUCAGUCACCACCUAACUGAGUUCCAAGUAAAUAUUGAAGACCUGGAAAAAAUGUCAGGUUUAGUUUUUUUCCCCCUCGUGGACAAAACAAAAGAUGUUCAGAAUAUCUGUGAGGUGGACACCUGCAAACUGAUGGGCUUCAAGGAAUUUACUCUGUACAUCACUGCUCGGAAGGUGCAGAGUGCCCGUACCUUGCACCGCUUGGAGAAGGCCAUGUCAGAGCUAAGGGAGGCAGGAAUUGAGCCUGAUGAGUAUCUCCUAAAGCUUCACAAAAAGAAGGAGGAAGAACUACGUCAGGAAAACCAAAUCACAGCUAGAGAGGGGAAAGCUGGCUGAGUACUUGUUCAGGAAGAUGUUUGGGGUUUUGUACUUUGAAAAAGGAGAGCUGAAGGCAAACACAAGGUUUCUGUGAAUUGUCUUUUUUUUGGAUUGUGAAAACAAUAAACAUUUGGAA